UGCUGAGGCGGUAGCUGCAGACUGGCUGGUGGGGAAGGCAAUCGGAGACUCAGACCUGACUCUAGGCACCUAACGCCAUUUCAAGGAAGCCGCUAUCGUUCGUGGACCUUCUCACUGUGAGUAAUUUGUCGAGGUCCCCGCGUGCCUCGGCCCCGGAACCUGCCGCGCUCGCCUCCCUCCCUCCUCGCUCCCGGCAGGCCUGGCCCGGCCGCGCCUCCCGCUCCUCCGGCUCCUCACCCGCCGGCCCGCGCGCGACCAUGUUUAAGAAAUUUGACGAGAAAGAAAACGUGUCCAACUGCAUCCAGCUGAAGACGUCCGUCAUCAAGGGUAUUAAGAACCAGCUGCUGGACCAGUUUCCGGGCAUCGAGCCGUGGCUCAACCAGAUCAUGCCCAAAAAGGACCCGGUGAAGAUCGUGCGCUGCCACGAGCACAUCGAGAUCCUGACUGUGAACGGGGAGCUGCUGUUCUUCCGGCAAAGGGAGGGCCCCUUCUACCCCACGCUGCGGCUGCUGCACAAGUACCCCUUCAUCCUGCCGCACCAGCGCGUGGACAAGGGCGCCAUUAAGUUCGUGCUCAGUGGCGCCAAUAUCAUGUGCCCCGGCCUGACCUCCCCAGGCGCCCAGCUUUACCCAGCCGCAGCCGACACUGUGGUGGCCAUUAUGGCCGAGGGCAAGCAGCAUGCGCUCUGCGUGGGCGUCAUGAAGAUGGCGGCCCAAGACAUCGAGAGGGUCAACAAAGGCAUCGGCAUCGAAAACAUUCACUACCUAAACGACGGCCUGUGGCACAUGAAGACAUACAAGUGAGCCCCUGGGGCCUCCCCAUGACUUAAGGAAUGACUUUUGUUUUAUGUCUUUGUUGAAUAAAUUCCAUGGUUACAAAAUUAAUAAAGAAGAUCUGUUUAUACAGUA